AGACCGUGUCUCAAUAUUUUGCUUCAUUCGUUUCAAACGGUUUGAUGAAUUGAAUGCAUUUGUUUUGCUGGAGCAUAUUUAGAGAACAGAAACGGAAUCUUGUUGUUUGUGCUACAAGUUCCCUCCCAAGCAUCCAUGAACUCAAGUCAUAAAGUUUUGAAUACUGUCGAGUUUUACCUUUCUUUGGCUGCAUUUUCAAUUUAUUGAGCGCAACUCUAAAAUCAAAGUCUUGAUUGCAUGCAACCUGGAGCGCAGCCGACAUUACUUGGACGGAUUUACUGCCCCAUUGGAAGUCGAAAACUUAACCUAAAAAGAACUUCUACUACUUUAUCCACCACGUCGACGUGGUCGCGCGCAGCACAUCAACACCGCAGAGGCAGCAAUAUGGUGGUAGCUAACACAUUUAAUGACAUCCCAGAGCGACCAAGCUUCCCGGAUGAGGAACAGCGCGUGUUGCAGAGAUGGCGGGAUAUUAAGGCAUUCGAUCAAUGCAUGGAACAAGCCAAGGGUAUACUUAAUCUAUCGGCAUGUUAUAGAUGGACUCUUUCUGCAUGCUAACUACAGAUAAGCGCAGAAAUAUCUACUCAGUUUUUAUAACAUCUAGAUUUGGUGAAGCAAUGUAGUACUCUAAUGGGGCAAUGACGUUUUUAAUUUAAUCCGAUUCCUUUAUCGAUCAGAAAAAGAAGAGAUUCAUUGAUUUACGAUUUUGAAAAAACUACAGAUAAGCCGGCUUAUAUUUUUUACGACGGACCACCGUUCGCCACGGGUCUUCCGCACUAUGGGCACAUUUUGGCUGGUACGAUUAAGGACGUCGUGUGCCGAUAUCAGCACCAAAACGGCAAGAAGGUCCUGCGAAAGUGGGGCUGGGAUUGUCAUGGACUUCCGGUAGAACAGGAGAUCGAUAAAAAACUGGGCAUUAAAGAACGAAAAGACGUUUUCGAAAUGGGCAUCCCGAAGUACAACGAGGAAUGCAGAAGCAUCGUAUCUUUUUUAUGCGUUUUUUCUGGAUAAUUUAGAAGUAUCGUGUAAGUACGUCUUUCCUAGGUAGGUUGGCUCCACCACAAAUAUAGUAUUGGAGCAACGGCCGCCUUAGAUGAGAAGACCUCCAGGGCAGUUGGGCGACACGUGGCGCCUAGAAUAGGCGGGUCCUAAUUCACAUGGCCACUAGCAUAAAUUACUUAUAACUUGUUAAAACUAAACUUUUUCUAUCUCCCCUAGUUAGGUCGGCUCUACCAAUAAUAUAGUAUUGGAGCGACGACCUGAAAUCAACCACGAUGUUUAACAACGACGAUUUUUUGGGCAAUAUUUGAACUUGAACAAAGCAAAUCCAAAUGGUGAAGAUGAAAUCAUCCACCAUCAGGUUCAACGCUAUGCUUCGGACUGGAAGGCUACUGUGGAGCGAUAUGGGCGAUGGGUCGAUAUGGAGAACGACUACCGUACUAUGGACAUCAAUUUUAUGGAGAGCGUUUGGUGGGUCUUCAAGCAGCUCUUUAACAAGGGCAGUGUGUACCGUGCCUACCGCGUGAUGCCUUACUCCUUCGCGUGCCAGACCGCGUUAUCCAACUUCGAAGUUGGUCAGGCCUAUAAGGAUCGCCUGGAUCCGUCGGUGAUCAUCCGAUUUCGACGCACGGACCAGCAGAACGCUUCCAUCCUUGCGUGGACGACCACGCCGUGGACCCUGCCGUCAAACAUGGCGCUGUGUGUGCACCCAACGCACACUUACCUGAAGGUGUUGCUGCCCGCAGCAGCUGGCGAAACGGAGCGCGAGGAGGUCCUCGUGGGCCGCGAGCGACUGGACUGGGUUCUGUCCGAGAUGAAGAUCAAAAAGGAGGACUGCACGAUCCUGAAGGAACUUCCGGGGAAGGAGCUGGGCGGUCUGCGCUACGAACCGCUCUUCCCCUACGCAGUGCCGAAAGUCAACAAAGAAAAGGCGUUCCAAGUUUUUGUGGAUGAGUAUGUCGGUACGGAAGCGGGAACUAUGAUUGUCCACCAGGCUCCGCAGCACGGUGAAGACGAUUACCGCGUGUGUGUCGCAAACGGUCUCAUCUCCAAGGGCGGAGAUGGUAUGCCGAUGUUUGUGGACGAAGACGGAAAAUUCGUCGACGCCGUCACAGACUUCGCGGGCAUGAAUGCAAAGAUGGAGGCUGACCCGCUCAUCAAAAAGGUAGAGACUUCCCGGAUUUACAACUUGUGGUUUUCAGCAAAACUUUUUUGUGCAACUUCAAAAUGAACCUCUCUGAUUUCAAGGAUCGAUGAAAAAGUCAGAUUGGAAGGUUUGUCCUCCUUCACUUUCUUCUCAAGCAACGAAAAGUAAUUUUUGAUCUUCUGCGUUCCUUUGAAAUUUCAGAUGUUGAAGGAGAAGGGCAACUUGGUAGCAAGUGGACAGAUUAACCACAGCUACCCGCAUUGCUGGAGAAGUGACACUCCUCUGAUCUACAAAGCCAUUCCGAGUUGGUUCGUGAAGGUUGAGGAGAUUCGCGAAAAGUUGAUCGCAAAUAACCAUAAGACACGAUGGGUGCCGUCUUUCGUCCAGGAAAAGAGAUUCCACAACUGGCUCGCUGAAGCCAGAGAUUGGUGCGUCAGCCGAACUCGAUUCUGGGGAACGCCGAUCCCGCUAUGGUAGUAAGAGUCGCUGUUUAAUAAAUGUUGUUAAAGAAUGUUGUGAUGUUUUAUCGUGAUCACAAAGUAUCUAUGUAUAAUAUUACCAAGUUGCACCACGAUGAAGAUAUUGAUUUCUUCUAUUUUCUUGAUUCGAUAAUAAAAAAUGAAUUUUCUUGUUUCAAUAAUGAUUUUCCAUCGUCGUAAAACCACAAUCUACUAGGUGCUCCUCCGACUUCGAAGAAAUUGUCUGCAUCGGUUCCGUCGCGGAGCUGGAGCAGUACGCUGGACGUAAGAUCACGGAUAUCCACAGGCAUUUCAUCGAUGACAUCGAGAUUCCGUCCAAGAUGGGUAAGGGCAUGUUGAGGCGGGUCGACGAGGUGUUCGACUGCUGGUUCGAGUCUGGCAGCAUGCCAUACGCGCAGAUGCACUACCCGUUCGAAAACAAGGAGCUGCUCGAAAGUGGCGGCUUCCCAGCCCAGUUCAUCGCGGAGGGUCUGGAUCAAACCAGAGGGUGGUUCUACACCCUCAUGGUGCUGUCCACGCACUUGUUCGACCAGCCGCCAUUUCUGAACCUGAUCUGCAACGGUUUGAUCCUAGCGGAGGACGGCAAGAAGAUGUCAAAGCGCCUGAAGAACUACCCAGACCCGCUCUACAUGACGAAGCAAUACGGCGCAGACGCGGUGCGCAUGUACAUGUGCAACAGUCCGGCCGUGCGCGCGGAACCUCUGCGUUUCAAGGAGGCCGAUGUGCAGGAUGUGGUGAAGAACAUCUUCCUCCCGUGGUACAACGCCUACCGCUUCCUGGUGAUGGAGUCGCAACGCCUGGAGAGCAAGCAGAAGAGCCCGUUUAAGCCGGACUUUUCGCUUCUCGAAAAAAGCGAGAAUUUGACGGAUCGGUGGAUCCUUGCAGCGUGCAGCAACUUGCUGAAAACGGUUGAGACGGAGAUGGACAGCUACAAGUUGUACGCCGUGGUUCCGCAGUUGGCUGGGUUCUGGGAGCAGCUCACCAACUGGUACAUCCGUCUAAACCGUCCGCGCAUGCGUGGAGACGCCGGAGCGGCCGACGCAAUGGCUUCUUUGACUGUGCUGUACACAGUGCUGCUGGACGUCACGAUUCUCUUUGCGCCAGUCACGCCGUUUUUGUCCGAUCUCGUGUACGAAAACCUGCAGCGCGCGUUGCCCGACGGCCACGAAAAGAAGGCUGACUGCGUGCACUUUGUCAUGCGUCCCCGCUUCAACAAGAACUUGCUGAAUGAGCAGAUUGAGGCAUCCGUGAAAACGAUGCAGCAAUUGAUCGAGACGGCGCGUCUGCUCCGAAACCGCAAGAAGAUCGGCCUCAAAACUCCGCUCCUGAGCAUGCGUGUUGUCUACGACGACGAACGCGCAAACGAGUUCGCGGACGUGGAGCAGCUCAUUACCUACAUCAAGGAAGAAGUGAACGUCAUGGAUGUGUCCGUCCUCCCAGCGAGCCAGGCACGGGAAGUGAGGGUACUUCUUACUUUUUGCAAACAUUGAUUUGUACAUCUACACUUCGGACGAGGACUGCUUUGUGAAGAUUUGUGAUUUUACGAAUAUCAGUAUUAAGAGGGAGAUAGAGAAUGGUGCUCCUUAAAUUUCAUGAUUAGAGAAACUUGUACUACUCGCAAAGUCCUCUGAAUAAAAAACGCAUAAGGUAUCCAACAUCGCGAACCUCCGAACGAAAAAGAAAUCAACGGCGCAGAAGUGUAAGAAGGCUGAACUAGCCAUGGACAAGGUUCAGGAAGUACUCAACGGUUGGACAGCGACAGAGAUCGAUGCGUACGAAGCCAACGAACAGAGAGUAGAAAUCCUCGGCGUUACGUUCGACAAAAACGAUCUUGAAAUUGCACGAGAAGUCAAUAUUGAAGGUACCUAGUACAACAACUACUUACUACAACUAUGGACUUAGUGUAGUCCAUUCAUCGAACUAUUAGCACUAUGUAUUAUACUUGAAAUCCGAAUUCAUUUUCAACCGGCUUACAGCUACACUGAUCUUGAUAAUGUUCCCCCCUCCCGCCCUUUCUCCUCUUCAGGUAUGAAUGGAAGGAAUGUUGACCUUGCGCACGCGUACGACCCGAGCAACAACUUGGUGAUUCUCGAUUUUACGCCAGAUGAGGAUCUUAUGAAACUCGCUGCGGGACGAUCCGUAGCCAAUACUAUUCAAAAGCUGUGCAAGGAAGCCAAUUUGAGACCACAAGAUCUCGUCGAUAUCUACGGCAUCGCACACAACGACAAGCUGAAAAAAGCACUUACGGAUAAGAGCGAGUAUUUCAUCUUUGUUAUUACGCAGUGUUUGAGUUUUCAAUGAUGAGUGUCAAUGCAACUUAAUCGAGUCACUUUUAGAAUUUUCCUCGUACUAGGCCCGAAAAAUGUAAAUAUGUGAUGAAGUAAAGAUGAACCUACACUCUAUUCUUCCAUCUGUAGGUACGUUGACAAGCUCCUUCGCCGAAAGUUGACUUUGCUCGACGCUCCACCUGCAGACAGACAGGUGGUUGCCACUGAUACCGCAGAACUGGACGACGGGAAGACGAAAUUUACGGCGUUUAUCUGUCCGCGCCGACCUUCGCUGUUGCCGGCGUUUGAUUCCGUCUGCAAGAGCCCAUCGGAGAAAACCGCAGUGUUGGCGGCCAUUCAAACCUGGUCGAGCAGUGAGUACCUGAAGAAACUACAAGAGAGUCUGGCAGCGACGAAAAAGGCCAGUGUCACGGUUCACGUCUGUUCCGCAGAGGACAAAAGCAAGGUUGCCGCUUUUGUCCUAGAGGAUGGCGUCCACGUCACCUGCGGCAGCGACGUCGCACUCGGUGGAGCAUAAGGAAGAGCUUUGAAUAUCCGAAUCGAUAUUUAUUGAACCCACAUAUUAUCGAGCACAAAAUGAUUAUUCUACCAGAGUAGAUGUAUCAAUUUACUACUUGUACUAAGGCCAGAGUACCUCUUCCGAAGGCCAGAAGAGUUCUUAAACUGAGGGACAUAAAUGAAAACCAAAUGAAGAAGAUCAUCUCUCCGAUGAUUGUAGUAGCUUUUUUCAAUUCGGUUUUGAAAAUACCGCAGAUUAACAACUUUCAAUUAUACUUGUCUCACAUGAUGUCGCGGCUUCGUCAAUACAGAUCGGUGCAUUUUGUUUCGACACUGGAUGAUUCCGAAUUAUGAAUCGAUUAUGGACCACAUUGUUUCAUGGAGGCAAGUUCUAUGCGCACAAGAUUUGCCCCAAAAAAUAAUGAAAAAUAGAGGAGCACAAAAUUUUCGUCAUCAGUCUUUUGUCCUAUAACAACCAAGGGACUGCUCAUAUUUUCACUCAGCAUCAGCAUGCUGGCAGCUAUGAAUCUCGUUGUGUUUUGUUCUGAAGAAAGUGUGCCCUCAAAAAUAAGGGUGAAUCAUUUUGUUCACCUUCUCUGAAAAGAUCCGCGUUCUUUCUAGACACAAGAUGAUGGGGCUCAAUUGGACGGAGAUCUUUCUGCAGUCGUGCGUUUGAAUAAAUUAAAACGAUACAAUAGUCAAGAAGAUCUGACUCCGAUUGGUUUAGAUCAACGAAACAUAAGGAAGAAAUGCAAAUGCAUUUCAAAAGAUCAAGAUGCAUUAUUACCGAGUAAACUCACUAAAUCCGCGAUCGAAUGCCACGACUACUUGACUUUACAGC